UCAGGUGAACCACCUGUUUUCAGGAGAUGCUGAGUGAAACACAACCGCUUUGAGACUUCCAGAGGAAGCAGAGAUUUUGGAUGUCAGGAGCUGGGGAAUCGGUUGCUCUCUGAAGCCCGGAAGAUGCAUUUGGUGGAUAAAAGGUUCGUGUGUCAGAUUCCACACCUGCUGGCACUGGGGACUCUCAUGCUGCUGGCCACGGCCAUGCUGAAGUACAGCCGUUGGCAGUGUGACCCCAGCUACCUGGAGAGAGACCCCACGGACCCCCGGGGACAGUUCUGCAAGGACCAGUUCUACCAGUCGGUGAGGCUCCCGCCCAUGGAGAACGUCAGCUGCUCUGAGAUCAUCAGAGGGGACAUGAAGGCUAUGGAGGCCGCUCUGGUGAGCAAGGUGCAGUGGAAGAACAAGCAGUCGGCCUUGGAUGAGAAGUUCUACUUGAACCUGACCCAGGAUUGUCAGAACUUCAAAGAGCGGAGGAGAUUCAUUGGGUUCCACCUGAGUGAAGAGGAAGAGAACUUCCCCAUCGCUUAUUCCAUGGUGGUCCACGAGAAGAUCGAGAUGUUUGAAAGGCUCCUGAGAGCCAUCUUUGCUCCUCAGAACGUUUACUGUGUCCACGUGGACAGCAAGUCUCCCGAACCUUUCCAAAAGGCCGUCCGGGCCAUCGCCUCCUGCUUUCACAAUGUUUUCCUGGCUUCUAAGCAGGAGAGUGUGGUGUACGCCUCUUGGUCGAGGGUCCAAGCCGACCUGAACUGCAUGAAGGACCUGCUUCAAAGCAAGGUCCGCUGGAGGUAUCUGCUGAACACCUGCGGGACCGACUUCCCCAUCAAGACAAACACGGAGAUCGUCCGGGCCCUGAAACUGCUCAACGGGAAGAACAACAUGGAAUCCGAGAAACCUUCGUCCUAUAAAAGGAACCGCUGGAAAUACCACCACGAAGUGACCAACACCAUCGUUCAGACCAAGACGACAAAGGGCCCCCCACCCCACAGCUCCCCCAUGUUCACGGGCAACGCCUACAUCAUAGCCACCAGGGAGUUCGUGCAGCACCUCUUCCAAGACCCAACCGCCAGGCGCUUGAUAGAGUGGUCCAAAGACACCUACAGCCCCGAUGAGCAUCUUUGGGCCACUUUGCACCGCAUGCCAGGGGUGCCCGGCUCGGUCCCUUAUAAUGACAAAUUCGAUCUCACGGACAUGAACGCCAUUGCCCGGGUGGUGAAGUGGGCCUACAGCGAAGGGGACGUCAGCAAGGGAGCCCCUUACCCCCAGUGCACCGGAGUCUACCGGCGGGCGGUCUGCGUCUAUGGGUUUGGGGACCUCCGCUGGCUGCUCUCACAGCACCACCUCUUCGCCAACAAGUUCGACCCCAGCGUGGACAACUGCGCCCUCCAAUGCCUGGAAGAGUAUCUGCGCUACAAGGCCAUCUACGGAACGCCCCUUUGA